CUUUCAGCGCCAUCGACGAUGAAACGAUCACGUUUUUAGAUGAAUAGUUUCCACUCUUUCUCAAACAAUGUGGUUUCAUUUUUUUUUAUAUAUUUCGCACAAUGGAUCACGUACGAAACCGCAAUAUGUAAAAUAGAUGAUAGUAUUACAGAAGAAUUUCUGUCUGUAUCACCUUCAUUUUAGUAAUAGAAAAUGUGCCAACGAACAAUAGAUAAAAUAUAGACACAAUAAGAGAUGCAUAUCACAAUAAAAGAAAGUAAUAAACUGUACAAAAGAAAAUUGAAAAAACUAGAAAAUGUUAAAAAAAAAAUAUAUAAAAUAAUAUAAAAAAAAAAUAAUGGCAAAGGACAAACCCCACAGACAUAGUCUGUGGGUAUUAUUCCCCAGUUGUCGCCAUCCCUGGUGGGGAUCGAACCCACGACCUUUGGAUUAGAAGUCCAACGCGCUAUCCUCUGCGCCACAGGGACUUGGUGUUAUACAUUUUCUUAUAUUGUUAUAUAUACCUACAGAGUAAUAUCUUUUCCCAUAGAUGUCGCCAAUAUACCUAACAAUUUGUAAAUCAGUAACGUAUAAAAUAAAGAUAAACCAAUUAUAACUUGUAACCAAAACCACACAAAUUUCUGAUGCAUUUACAAGGAAACAUUUGAUAACAUUCGUCGUAAAUAUUAUUCGAACAAUAAAUAUGUAGUUUUAAGAAUCACGAUCAUAGUUCGAUAGUUCGUUUUGUAACUUUUCUUUAGCUACCCGAGUUACUUGAGUUACUUUAUUUUCGAAUCCUGAAUUCGUGGACUCGGUAAAUAUAUCGAAAAUAUGUCUUAUCGUUGAAAAUGCAGAAAAUACUUGAGAAUGUUUAAUACUUGAAGCAGAAGUUAAACGUCGAUCGAAUGAAUAUUUUCUAAUCGUCUCGUUUAAAGAUACGAAACAUCGAGAACGCGAUAAAAAUUCACACGGCGUAAAAAGGUGAAAACGUUAAGAUAGUUUUUGUAUCGAAAAACGUCGAUCGUUAGAUCAUAUCUAACAAUCGUACAGCCCUGUGUGGCAAGUGGCAACCCAUAGUCAACACAACCACCUCGGAAACAGUUGCGUGUGCUGGGGUACGGAUACGAUGUCUAAAACAUUUCGUAUUGGCAUUUCGCUCUGUUAAGCUUUUACUUGACAUAAACAAUAAUGGAUCGAACAAUAAACCGUUGAGUUGUAUCCGUAGGCUAUUGUUAAAACAGACUUGGACAAACCAUGGCGAGAGAUUUGCUGGAAUAAAGAGGUACAUAAAAAGCGAAGAAAAAGAAAAGCGUACAUAUAGACGUAUAUAUAAGUGUAGUUUUGUGUUUUGGCCGUGUACGAUAGUAUUCGACGAUAAGGACAGAGAGGAAAAAGGAAGAGGAGGUGAAACGUUGGAUGAAGGAGAAGAAGGGGCUAAAAAAGAUGGCCGUCAGGAAACAUAUGACAAGGAACGGCGGGCAACCGCCACAAAAAGGAUUUUUCGCGGAUGGUGUUUUGCGACAUCGUUGAUCCCGAUUGUGCUCGUGGUGGUGCGUUGUUUUGUUAAACAGAGGGAUCGUGGCUGGAAAAGUCAGUGAUCCUGUGAGCAAAGGAGCCAUGACUACGCGUAGAGAAUGGGCUCGAUCGCAUCGGUGCUGCAAUGGCAUUGCUCGGAGUGCGCUCUGAUAAAUCCAACGGAGAGCACGCGAUGCGCCAGAUGCGGCCUUACUCGACUCACCAGUGAUGAGAAGGCGAACAUCAGGCUCAAUCUGAGCUACGAAUGCGAAGAACAAGUGGAACAAAAGGGUCAAGGGAAAGGGGAAACGGACAGAGACCAGAAGGAGGAGAAUAAGAAUUCUUUCUCCCUUGGGGUCUCGUCAGCACCUCCGACGAGGUUUCCUUUGCAAAACCCGCCAACGGAUGGAACACAUUCGACGACUUAUCGACACGUCAAGAACAAUCUCGUAUAUCGCUUCGAGGAGAAUUUAAUUAUACCCAAUAAUCAUACAAGGAAAUUGCAUUAUGAUUCCUGGAAUGGAAGGCCGUACGAGAGGGAGCCGAUCAAACGAUCUUCUUCUUUACCUUCCCUAGUAACACAAUGGACAUGCGUUCGUUGCUUGUUAAACAACAGUUGCAGUUCAGCUUUGACUUGUGCAGCUUGCGAUGCUAACUCGUCGAUAUUCGAAACCGACAAGAGGCAAUUUGGAGCGCGUAAAAGCAAAAAGCUAAAUUUGCGUAAAACGAGCAGGCUGAAAGUGGCAUCCGAACUUUUGGCCAACAUUUUAAAUGGUUCUAACGCGACAAAUAUUUUUACAAGCGAUACAAGGAUUAUGAAUAUGGCACAGUUAACGAGUAUAAGUCGUAGCGAUACAAGACAAGUCGAUAGAGAAAAUUGGACAUUAUCACCCAUAGAAACUAUGGAAUCUAGUACAUUUUCUUACACAAAUACUAACGAUACCUCUCAACGUUCACCAAAAAGACAUAGUCCUUCAAUAUACGAGCGAGUCAAGUCUAAAGUUAGUCGCUCCUUAUCUAAUGGCUCUGUUGUACAUAAGUUAUCCGAUCACGCUAUUCAAAGACCAACGAGUCUAGUAGUCACAGAAGCGCGAGAAGACGAUGCUCUUUGGAGCUGUGACAAUUGCACACUCGACAACGCUCCUGGCCUAGAACAAUGCGAGGCGUGCGAAGCUCCUAGGAGUCCAGCUCCUUGCAGCGGUGUAGUCAUCAGCGUACCUGCUUGGGAACCUCGCGCUUUGUCUUCUGCAGGUCCACUGUCUUACAGGCGAUCGUUUAGCGAUGUCGAGUCUGUCGGGAACGUGUCUCAGAAGAAAAUCGCGAAUCGUAGAAGUUUCAACGAGGACGAGCCACCCGCGGUGCCGCCGCAUUCCGUUGGAUUUAACGCGAGAUCAAAAUACUCUUACAUUGGAAUUACAGACCCUGAUAUACCGCCACCAUUGCCAAAAAAACAGAACAAUAAAUUAGGUCUCGUUCCCGUAAAAGCGCAUAGCGAGGCGACGAGUCCUGUCGGUGAUGUAUCGAACGUGAGCUCCCUGAAACGUAUGUGGACUUGUCAGAAGUGUUCGUACGCGUAUAAUCCAGUAUGGUCGACAGGUUGCGAUAUUUGUGGAUCUUUUCGAUCGCCUCCUUCGCUGACGCAACCCAACUUGAUUACAAUCGCUAAAGAUACGACGAGCUGUUCCAUGCACACGCAUGCACAGUCUCCAAUCGUAGUUUCUAGAGAUAGCGUAAGGUAUAUUCCACAGAAAACUGCUACAUUGGCCACAGCAGAAUCUGAUCUAGAAGAUCAGAUCGAUACACCAUCUUUGGCAUGGACCUGUAAGAAAUGCACGUUGUUGAACGCUGCUUCGAGAGCAACGUGCGAAGCCUGCGGUGGUUCGAAACUGAAGAGUAUCAUGCAUUUAGAAGACGCUACGCUAAGGAAAGGAGAGAGCUGGGUGUGCACGUCGUGUACGUUGAGGAAUCCGCUGUCAGCACAAACUUGCAAUGCCUGCAAGACGUUAGCAGAUUUUUUAGAUGUACCAAAAGACGCACCGAGAGUUUUUGGAUCAAGAAGUCCGAGUCCGAGACUCUGCGCAACUGCUAUUAACGCGAAAGUUGUAACUCCGAGACACAGAAAUUCUGUGAGAAGGAAUGGUUCAUCGGUUGGCGAGCGGAAACAUUCCAGAGUUAAGGAUUCUACUCACGGUCAAUGGCAGUGUAAAUUGUGCACAUAUGAAAAUAAGAGUACAAAUGGAGUUUGUGAAAUGUGCCAAAUCUCGAAAACCUUAUCUCAAGUAUCAUGUGAGAGGCCUAGAAUCAUUGAAUCUGGCACGAGCACCCUCACAAUACAGAGACAGGAGAGCGUGGUUAUGGAAAAUUUGAGGCAAAUCGAAGAAAGAGAAGCAUUGGAAAAGUGGGAACGAAUUGUACGUUACUGCAAAGAGACAAACGAACCUUUCGUCGACGACUCUUUUCCACCAGCUCCGAAGUCAUUGUAUUAUAAUCCAGCGGAAACAAAAGAUAACCACGUUGUUCAGUGGAAAAGGCCUCAUCAAAUCAACGUUGAUUCCAGUGUUGAUUCCAAACUGCCUUGGGCUGUUUUUAGAACACCCUUACCCUCUGACAUCUCUCAAGGUGUAUUAGGGAACUGUUGGUUACUUUCAGCUUUAGCUGUUUUAGCUGAAAGCGAUGAACUCGUGAAAAGAGUUUUAGUGAUGAGGGAAACCUGCCCAGAAGGAGCUUAUCAAGUAAGAUUGUGCAAGGAUGGAAAAUGGACCACUGUACUCGUCGACGACUUGCUACCCUGUGAUAAAAGAGGCCACCUAGUGUAUUCUCAGGCGAAAAGAAAACAACUUUGGGUGCCAUUGAUUGAAAAGGCAGUGGCAAAAAUUCAUGGUUGUUAUGAAGCGUUAGUCUCUGGUCGUGCUAUAGAAGGUUUGGCAACGCUAACGGGUGCCCCUUGCGAGAGCGUGCCAUUGCAACCGUCUGCUUUGCCAAGCGAAGACGAGCUUGAUAAGGAUUUAAUAUGGGCACAACUGUUAUCUUCUAGACAAGCUAUGUUUUUAAUGGGUGCUAGUUGUGGCGGUGGCAAUAUGAAGGUCGAUGAAGAAGAAUAUCAACGUAAAGGUUUGAGACCAAGGCAUGCAUACUCUGUUCUCGAUGUGCGAGAUGUGCAGGGAAUACGAUUGUUGAGGCUGCGUAACCCUUGGGGUCAUUACAGUUGGAAGGGUGAUUGGUCCGAUGAUAGUCCUAUAUGGACUCCCCAGUUGAGAGAAAUGCUUAUGCCGCACGGUGCAUCCGAUGGUGUUUUCUGGAUUUCCUUCGAUGAUGUAUUGAAAUACUUUGAUUGCAUUGAUAUUUGUAAAACUAGAGUUGGCUGGAGCGAAGUCAGAUUACGUGGAACACUUCCUCCUUUGUCCUCUCUCAGACAUCUAUCAUGCGUGCUUUUGACAGUACUGGAACCCACUGAAACGGAAUUUACGUUGUUCCAAGAAGGACAAAGGAAUUCUGAGAAAUCACAGCGGUCUCAGUUGGACUUGUGCGUAGUUGUUUUUCGUACGCGUUCUCCAGCAGCACCGGAAGUGGGAAGAUUGGUAGAGCAUAGUAAACGACAAGUUCGUGGAUUCGUUGGAUGUCACAAAAUGCUAGAAAGAGAUUUAUACAUCGUCGUGUGUUUGGCUUUCAAUCACUGGCACACAGGAAUGGAAGACACUUCUAGUUAUCCUGAAUACGUUCUCGCCAUUCAUAGCUCGAAGAGACUUUUAGUCGAACAAAUUUCUCCGCCAGCAUUCGUAUUGGCUGAUGCUAUUAUAAGUUUAACUUUAGCGAAAGGACAACGGCACGAAGGAAGAGAAGGAAUGACUGCUUAUUACUUAACUAAAGGUUGGGCUGGACUCGUUGUCAUGGUAGAGAAUCGUCAUGUAAAUAAGUGGAUUCAUGUAAAAUGUGACUGCCAUGAAAGCUACAAUGUUGUGUCUACGAGAGGACAGCUCAGAACUGCCGAUAGCGUUCCCCCGCUUCACAGACAAGUAAUCAUAGUAUUAACGCAAUUGGAAGGUAGUGGAGGUUUCUCGAUAGCACACCGACUUACGCACAGACUAGCUAACAGUGGAAACUUGCAUGAUUGGGGCCCACCGGAUACUCAGCAUUGUCCUCAAAUCGACACUCAAGUCGAAGGUUUACACAGUCCUCGUUUAAUCACAUGAACAAAUGAGUUUUACGUGCAAUCGAUUAAAAAAUAGGAGAACGUGUAAAAGUAAGAGAGUCUAUCUUAUACUCGUGAUAUCCAGAAGUUUACUAAAACCAAAGCAAGCUAGGAAGAUCUGAACGUAAGCAACGAAUAACGAAUGUUGCUGAAAUCGUAACACACACUUUGUGCUUUCUAGCUGUUCGUGUAUUGUAUGAAAAUUUUUAGCGUCGUGACGAGCUGACUAUUGAACAUAAUACAAUAAUUAACGAUUAUUCUGAGGUCAGUGGUUAUGAUUCUGAGAUCAGUGGUUAGAGAUAUUUUUUUUUAAAUUAGGUAAUAACGAUUCGUUACGUCAAUGGAAAGGGAUACGUACUUUGAACGCUUCUGUGCAAAUUGAGAAUUUCCACGGGAACCAUUGAUCUAUAAACAAGACUUAAGGGAAAUUAAAUAUUUAUGGAAGAACAAAUUAAACACACUGCUUGUUAUAUAAAAAAAUUAUUUUCUCAACUUAACAUAUAUGUAAGCACCGUAAGAGAUAACAAAGCGUAAAGGUUAUACAGUAACAUGUAAAAUGAAAUAAGUAACAGCCAUUCGUAAUGUAUGAAAAACAUAUACGCUCUUUUUGGAAUUGCUUAGAAUAUAGUAUAAUUAUGGAUCAAAAUGUUUUCGAUUUUGCGACUCGUAUGUCGACCCUAUUUUAGAGUACGUAAGGCAACAUUGGGAACCCACGUUUAAUGCAAACAUUGGCGUAAAAAUAAUUUCCUUUUUUUAGGUGUCGACUUUGAAAUGUUAUAACUCGACUCAGAAUAAAGCGUAGAAUAAUAAAUGUUUGUUAUGAAAAUCUAGAACGAAAUCUGCGUUAUUGUAUAACACGAUCACCAUUAUAUAUAGAAAUUGAUCAGUACAAAAAAUGAAAUUAUUUUUCCACCAACCUAAUAAUAUGUACACUGUAAAAGAAAAUAUUAUUGGUGGUUUGAACGAGGGUUUCGAGUAUUGGCCACGUAUUACAAGAUGUUUGUUUAUGAAAAUUUUGGUUGUUUCUAUCUUGUAACUGGAUAGAGUGCUUGUAUUAAAGUGGACGUAGCACACUGCUACAGAACCAAAGAUCUCUCUUGAAGGUUUUACGAUAUAUUAACCUGUUCACUGCCAUUCCAUGCAAUAGAUUUAUUUAAUCCAAUCGUUGUUAUACAUUUUUAGCUAACUGUUAUCGAAAUUGUAAUCUCGCAGUUUAUAUUCGGUUUAUUUAUAAUACAUAUCUUAUCGUUCGCGUGCAAGCAUGGCAGUCAAUGGGUUGGUCAGUUUUAUAAGUCUCUUGUACAUUUUGUAAUCAUGACAUCGGAACAGUUAUUUACGAAUAGAGCUCGAUUUCGUUUUUAUACGCUUAACAAAUUUAAUGCAAUUUUAAUUUUAACAGUUAAACUUUGAUAUUACAUUCCCCUUUUUACAUGACAAAGUUAUUUUACACGAAUGACAUAUAUAUAUAUAUAUAAAUAUAAAUAAUUUUUUUCUAUUGUAAAAUUAUUUAAAAAAGUGUUACUGAAAUUAUUAUAUUGGCUUUUUACUUUAAUAUUAAGAACUUAUGUAAAGAAUCAGAAUGAACUAAGCAUCCUUGCCGUUAUUAUUAAACGCUGUUCCAAAUAACACUUUUAAAUAUACUUAUUACAUGUAUCGAA